AUGACAAAGAACAACAUAUAUUUAUCAAAAGAAAAUUUAGCACAAGUAGAAGAAGUUAGAGAAAUAGAUUACCAUUUUGAUUCAAGAAAAGUCGAAAAACAAAAAAAGUUUGAGGAAUUAAGAAAAGAACAUAAACGAAUGGUGGAAAAAUCGAAGGAAUAUGCAAUGAGACAGCAUAUUAAACAUGUUGACGAAGGAAAAAAAUAUCAUAAAUAUUGUG